CCUUUAUUUAUACAUUAUGAACGAAAAUUGUUCCUUGUCGGAAUGACAUUUCUAUCAAGAUACAAUCAUUUUGAAACAUUUUUAAUAGAAAUAAUGCUUUCUAUGAUGUGAGACAUGACGCACGACGCCAGAAAAUCAUCACCACAUCCUUUUGGUCGAUUAUCACCGUCCUCUAUGGAAAAAGGCAGAGUAACGUAUUGCACUGAUUUAGAAAAAUCUGUUAUUAUAACUAAUUUUGACCGACGAGGAUGGAUACAAGUGGGACCCGAGGAAGAGUGGAACUUCUACUGGUCGUUUACAACAAACUGCCGCUCCAUCUUCAGCAUCGAGAGCGGCUACAGAAUGAACGACAAUCAAAUGAUAAAUCACUUCCCUAAUCACUACGAACUGUCGCGUAAAGAUUUGCUCGUGAAAAAUAUCAAGAGAUAUAGAAAGGAACUCGAGAAGGAAGGCAAUCCGUUGGCUGAAAAAGUAGAUGUACCGCUCCCCAACGGGCAAGUUGUCACGCGGUACAUGCAUUUAGAUUUUAUUCCGGUUACUUACGUCCUACCCGCCGACUACAAUAUGUUCGUUGAGGAAUACAGAAAAUCUCCGCAGAGUACGUGGAUCAUGAAACCUUGUGGGAAAUCUCAAGGCGCUGGAAUUUUCUUGAUCAAUAAACUUUCUAAACUAAAGAAAUGGUCGCGCGAGGCGAAAACCCCUUUUCAUCCGCAACUCAGCAGUAAAGAAAGUUAUGUUAUAUCGCGCUAUAUAGAAAACCCUCUUUUGAUUGGCGGCAAAAAAUUCGAUCUCAGAUUGUAUGUUUUGGUGACGUCUUUUAGGCCGUUGAAGGCUUACUUAUUCCAGCACGGGUUCUGCAGAUUCUGCACGGUGAAAUACGACACUAGCGUAACCGAAUUAGACAACAUGUACGUACAUUUGACAAAUGUUAGCGUACAAAAGCACGGCGGAGACUAUAAUAGCCUUCAUGGCGGCAAGAUGAGUAUACAGAAUUUCAGAUUAUAUUUAGAAGGCACUAAAGGACGCACUGUAACUGAGAAAUUGUUCUCAGAGGUGCAAUGGCUUAUCGUUCAUUCGUUGAAAGCGGUCGCCCCUGUGAUGGCGAACGACCGACAUUGUUUCGAAUGUUAUGGAUAUGAUAUUAUCAUAGACGAUACUCUAAAGCCUUGGUUAGUGGAGGUGAAUGCCUCUCCCUCGCUGCAAUCGACUACACAUAACGAUCGGAUUCUAAAAUACAAAUUAAUCGAUAACAUCGUGUCGGUUGUAGUGCCGCCAGACGGUAUACCAGAUGCAAGAUGGAACAAAAUACCUAGCGCCGAGGCGCUCGGAGAUUUCGAAGUUCUGAUUGACGAGGAACUAAUGGAAAGGGAGGACGUAAAUUCACGGUAUAAUAAAUUCCAUCGAUCUAAUAAAUAAAAUAACAUUUUAUAAUAAUUGUAUUUGUUUGACAACAUUGUAAUAAUUUAAAAAUAAUAAUA